GCUGGUGCACCAGCAACAAUGAAGUUGCUGUGGCUUCACCUGCUGGUAUGUAUCUUUGGCUCUGCCCCUCUGGCAUUGUGUACUGUGGAGAAUCCAUGGCAGGAGAGACAUCACCGUGUGAAAAGGGGUUGGAUAUGGAAGGAAAUGGCCACUCCUGAAGGGCAAACGCGAUUUCCAUUCCGCAUCGGAACGCUCAGGUCUGAUAAGCCAAAUGGCAAGUAUGUCCUUCAGGGAGAAUUUGCCGACACCUACUUUAAAGUUGAUGAGGUCUCAGGGGAUGUCCAUGGCUGGGAAACGCUGGAUCGGGAGAAGAAGUCAACGUAUAAUUUAACAGCUCUGCUAGUAGACAAGACUACCAUGAAAACCCUGGAGCCUCCGGAGACGUUUAUCAUAAGAGUGAUCGAUAUUAAUGACAAUGCCCCCAUUUUCAAGCAAGAAUCAUACAAUGUUUCGGUGCCGGAAAUGUCCAAGCAUGGUACCCUUGUAACAGUGAUCAACGCAGAGGAUGCUGAUGACCCCACCAUGUCUGGAAAUGCCAUUGUAAAAUACACAAUAAUUCAUGGGCAAGAAAAAUUCUAUAUCAAUGAAGAUACUGGGCAGAUUUACACAGCUGUCUCCAACCUGGACAGAGAGGAGCAAGCAAACUAUGAAAUCAUAGUACAGGCCAAAGACAGCCCUGGUCAAAAUGGUGGUUUAUCUAGUACAGCAACGGUAACCAUUCAUUUGAAGGACAUCAAUGACAACUUCCCAAUGUUCACAGAGAAUCAAUUCACUUUUAAUGUUUCUGAGGAUCGGAGAGUGGGGGAUGUGAUUGGAAAACUUUUGGUAAUAGACAUUGAUGAACCUCAGAAUAGAAACACAAAGUACAGUUUCCUGAAACAAAUGUAUGAAGAGUGGUUUCAUAUAAAACCCAACCAAGAGACCAACGAAGGACUACUCAUUCUAAAAAAGCCUUUGAACUUUGAAGGUGAUCAUAAUAAAUUCAAAAUGACCGUUGAUGCUACAGACUAUUCAAUCAACGUAGGAGCGGCAAGACCAGACAAGCGCAAAAGCCUCACUGAGGUUGUUGUCAAUGUCUUGGAUGUGGACGAGCCCCCUGAAUUCACACAACCAUACUACUUGUUUCCGUUUAAGGAGAACAAAAAAGACAUCUUUCCUGGCACUGUUAGUGCAAAGGACCCCGACAAAGAAAAAAGAAGUGUGAAAUACUCCCUCAAACCGGAGAGAGAUGACGUCAUCAUAACAAAAGAGGGAACCAUUCAUAUUAAGAAGCCCUUUGACAGAGAAGAAAGCGCUUGGCUCAAUCUAACUGUGAUCGCUGAGGAAAUUGGCUCUCCAACAAAUAAAGCGUCAUCGGCUGUGGUUUACCUACAAGUUCAGGAUGAGAAUGAUAAUGCACCAGAGCUCACCUACCCAUACGUUCCCAGAGUGUGUGAGAAUGUAGCCAAUGAACAUGUCAUAUUAAAUAUCUCAGCCACGGACAAGGAUGAACCCUUCCCAGGGAUGAAGUUUACAUUUUCUUCAGCAGGACACGAAAACAACUUUACAGUGCAAGAUAAUCGUGAUAACACAGCCAGUAUCAAAGUGAAAAAUGGAGUAUUUGAUCCCAAUGAGGCCAAAUUUUAUUACCUUCCAAUUAUAAUAGCUGACAAUGGCAAACCACCACUGACCAGCACCAACACCUUGACCAUCACUGUUUGCAAGUGUAACGAGAAGGGGGAAUUCACCUACUGCGAGGAGGCUGGAAAACUAGCCGCAGUGUCCGCCUCCACCAUUGUCAUUGUUUUGGUGUCCAUAUUGCUAAUACUUCUGGCAGUGAUCCUGGCAGUACUAUUUAUAAGACGAAUGCAGACCAAGAGCCCCCUCAUUCUAGGAAAGAACCCUGCAGAGAUACAUGAGCAGUUGGUCACCUAUGACGAGGAAGGUGGAGGAGAGAUGGACACCAACAGCUACGAUGUUUCUGUACUCAACUCAGUACGAAGAAAUGUGGUGAUGCCUCGAUAUGAGGUGGACCCUGGUCCCACCUUAUACGCUCAAGUCCAGAAACCAUCCAGAACCGGAGAUAUGUUCUCGGUGAUCGAAGCAAAGAAGGAUGAAGCAGACAAUGACGGUGAAGAGCUACCAUAUGACACUCUCCAUAUAUUUGGCUACGAAGGGUCGGAAUCCAAUGUAGAGUCUCUUAGCUCUCUAGAGUCUGGAUCUUCAGAUUCCGAAAUUGACUAUGAUGUGUUAAAUGAAUGGGGUCCCAGAUUUAAGAUGCUGGCGGAUAUGUAUGGGCUGGAACACCUAGAAGAGUUUGCUUAUUAAUGCAACUUACUUUGCAUUCCUAUUGGCUUACUGAAUACAACAAAGAGCAAGUGCCCAAUCAGAAUGCAUCCG